AAUGGAUGGCGCCAAAAUAGGUACGUACCUGCUGUACGAGAGAUAACGAUACUACUUCAAGUUCAAAAUAAAUUAAGGAAAAAAGCAGUCUCAGGCUCCAACUAAAUAUGGCUUUAGCUCUUGCAAGAAACUUCUGCGGCAGCAACAUGCUUAGCCGAGCUCACUUGGCCAAGACAAUUGGAAGCACACAAUGGGCCGUCCGCACUGUCACAAUUCGUCCCACAGCUGCUCCAGUGGAAUCCAAGAAGCCCUUCAAUCAUGACGAACGCAACGACAAACUCGGUCGCCCCAUGUCUCCCUAUCUCGGCAUCUACAAGUGGCAAGUAACGAGCAUGUUGUCGAUCUCUCAUCGUUUUACCGGCAUCAUGUUGACUGGCUGGGGCAUGAUUAUGGGUUACGGAUCUCUCAUUUUACCGCACGACAUCUCGUAUUACUUGACGGCCUUUGAGAAUUUGCAUUGGAGUGCGCCAGCGGUGUUUGCCUUGAAAUAUUCGCUCAUGGCAUUCCCGUUUGCGUACCACUCGCUCAACGGAUUGAGACAUUUGUCGUGGGAUGCCGGCAAGAAUUUGGCCAUGAGUCAAGUUUACAGCACUGGAUGGUUCACUUUGAGCACAGCUCUUGUCGUCGGAGCGAUUUUAACUUAUGCCUUGUAAACGGGGGCAUUUUUUUACACAAACACACGCAUUUAAAUUUAUCACAAAACUACCUCUACGCUGUUCUACCUCAUCUAUUCAUAGCGAAAAACAAAAAUAGACACAGAUUUUUUAGAUCUUUUUUUUGAUUGUGUGACACAAUUAAGUAUUUCGUGCAAGUAUUAACCCCCAAAAAUUACAAGAUCUUGGGUGAAUCAGGCAAUCUUGGUAUUUAUUUAAACAAAAAAUUAUUUAUUUUCAAAUUUUCAUACUGCAACGUAAGAUCCAAUGCUAAAUAUUUAAUAAAAAGGAGGUUCCUGUAGAAAAAUUUAAA